GAUAGAGAGAGAGAGAGAGAGAGAGAGGCAAUUUCAGUUGCAGUGCAGAGAUAGAGAGUCCAAAACCAAAAACCCAAAAAAAAAAAAAAAAAAAAAAAAAAAGUUCAAAAGUGUGAGAGAGAUCGUCAAUGGAGGAUCUAUGGAAGAGAGCCAAAGGCUUCGCCGAAGAAGCAGCGAAGAAAUCUCAAAACCUCACGAACUCAACCAAAAUCUCCGAUAUAGUCUCUGAAACUGCUAAGAAAUCCAGAGAAUUGGCUGCCGAAGCUUCUAAGCAAGCCGAUCUCCUCAAAACGGCGGCGUUUAAACAAGCCGAUCAGAUCAAAUCCUUCUCCUCUGAUAUCCUCGUUUUACCUCCUCAGCUUUCUUCUCUUUCCAUUUCCAACUCCUUGUCAUCAUCGUCUUCUUCUUCUUCUUCUUCAUCCCAUGAGCCUUCUCAGUCCGAACUCAUCAAGUUCGGCCUCGCCGACGAUCUCAUUGUCUUCGUUAAGGGACUCACUUCAACCACUUUCCAGAGCUUCCCGAUCCAAGAUGAAAUGGAGGGGUCUGAAUCGGAUGUUCCAGCUACCGCCUCGAAUGUGCGGAAAGAUCUGACCGAAUGGCAAGAACGGCAUGCCACUCUGAUCCUCACUACUGUUAAGGAGAUGUCAAGGUUAAGAUAUGAAUUGUGUCCACGAGUUAUGAAAGAAAGGAGAUUCUGGAAGAUAUAUUUUACCCUUGUUAGCAGUUACGUUGCCCCAUAUGAGAAGCGGUACGUGGAGGAGAUUAAGCUCAAAGAAGCAGAGAAAAUGAAAGAUGAACAUGCCAAGCAAACACCAUCAGUUGGAGGGACUGACCAAUCGGAAGGUAUAGAGAAGAACCUGAAGGGUAAAACAUCAAAGUCAUCAUCAGCUGAGCAAGACUUGGAUACUUUCCUUUUGGGAGAUCUUGAAGAUAGUGAUGGGGGUUCAGAUGAUGGUGAAGGGAGCUUUGAUGAUGAUUUUGACAAGAUUGACAAUUCGGAUGUUGAAGAUGAGAAACAUACAAACAAAUGACAAUUGCAUCCAUUUACGAUGCUGCCAUCAAAUAUUAUGAAGUAAAAAUGGAACUUGCUUACGGGGAUCGGUGAAGUGGAGCAGUUGUUAAUAUAUGAUGCAUUUGGAUUUGGUUAAUUGAUUUAUAGGUUUAGUUAUUUCAUACCCUAAAUAGAUGCCAUUUUAAGUUCAUUCGUUUAUUAGACAUGUGCUAUAAGCCAAGACAGGUUAUGAAACCUGCUUAUUAUCAUUUGAACUUCGACAUUGUCCAACUACUUGGCAUGCUUUGUACAGCCAACCUGAUUACCCGUUAAAGUAAAUAUGGUUUUUUAUUUAUUA